AUGGCGGCACGGAUGGUCGUCGGAGUGGCCGUGGCCCUGCUCGCCGUGCUCCUGGCGGCGGCCACCACCGGCGCCGACGGGCGCGACUUCCACGUCGGCGGCCGCGCCGGGUGGGCGCCCAACCCCGCCGAGCCCUUCAACACCUGGGCCGAGCGCAACCGCUUCCAGGUCAACGACACCCUCGUGUUCAGGUACAACAAGGACGCGGACGCCGUGCUGGUGGUGACCCCGAGCCACUACGACGCCUGCAACACCACGGAGCCCGUCCUCCGGCUCGGCGGCGGCGACUCCCGCUUCGUGUUCAACGCCUCCGGGCCCUACUUCUUCAUCAGCGCCGACGAGGGCCGCUGCAGGGCCGGCGAGCGCCUCAUCGUCGUCGUCCUCGCCGUCCGCAACAACGGCGGCGGCAACUCGUCGCCGCCGACAUCCCCGCCUCCUGCUGCCGCACCUGCUCCGCAUGCUUUGCCCCCACCGCCGCCGGCGGGGAAGAAUGCUUCGUCGUCGCCGGCGCCGGCGACAGCGCCUGCUGCCACGAACGUGACGUCGUCGCCACCGUCACCGUCGUCCGCGGGCGCCUUGAAGGGUGGCGUCCUUGCGUGCCUUAUCGUCGGUGGAGCAGCGAUUCUAGUCUGAUAUGGUCGAUCGGUCUCGUGCCCCGGACCUGCAAUCCAUGUUCGUUGGUAACGAUGAAACCUGAUUGUCGUCUUUCCUUCAGUUGGUGAUUUAGAAUUCCUAGCUUUCGCGUCAAAACAUCUUUUUUUUUUUGUUCG